AGGAAAUAUCAGCCGAUGACAAAAUCUUGAGAAUAUGAGAUCUAUUUUGUGGUUUUGUAUGGUGCUUUCUCCUUCAUUACAUGUUUCUUGUCAAUCGAAUUGCCAUGCAUCAGCAUCAACAGUUGUAUCCGUUAAAAAAUGUCCAGAAGAUUCAGAUGCAUGGACAGAACGGGCUAAGAUAAAAAACUGCAGUGCGGUUGAUCAAAGCUGUACAAAAAAAGAAAACUUCAAGUACCACUGUGUGAGAAAUGCUUACAUGAACAAUUUAUUGGAGGUGUGCGCGCCAGUUUGGCAAAGCUCCGGGUUUUGUGUUGAAUUUAACGAAGCUGGAGAGAGGGUUCAAGAUAACUAUGGUAUUAGCUGCAAAAAAUUCAAACAGCGAUGUCCAGACUCAUAUGCUUCAACAGAAAUUUUUAAUUAUCCAGGAUGUUAUACAUUAUUGGAAAACAAAAGAAAAGGAUCAUCUGAUCCGUUAUUGAUUGUUAUCUUUUCCUGUCUUGGAACUGUGAUGGGACUUAUGCCUUGUAUUCUCAUUGUAUGUUGUAAGUGGACAGAAAUUAAAAGAUGUAUAAAAGAAAGAAAAUAUUUUGCAGUAAAUGCAUGACAUGUUCCUUGACAAUGACAAUGAUUUAUUCUCUUAAAUGUAAAAACAUACAUUGUAGAGAGGAGGUAGGAAUAGAUACAAACAAAUAGAAAAAGAAUAUAAUACAUGUACGAGGGUUUUUCGUUAAAAUCGUGGACAAGUUGUCUAGUUUGAAAAAUAAUCAUCACUGAAUUCUUAAAAUUUCACCACUCUUUAGUACAUAUAUUAUGAAUAUACAGAGCAAAAUUUGAAUAGAUAUAUGCAUAAAUACACAAAUUGUGAGAGUUUAUGUUAUGCAUUGUAUCGCCCUACGGAGCUAGGAUGAUAACGUCAAAGUGUCUAAAACAGCGUUACGUUUCAUCUUUGCUGAAAAUAAAGUUAGAUAAAUCACACUUAAAUU